AGUUUAUUUCUGAACACAUUAACUACAGUAUCGUUCACUGUACAUAUAUGUUAAAAUUCAGAGAGAGUAGCUGAUGCCUUUUUGUUUGAUUCAUUUAAAUUGUAAAAUUUCAAACGUCAACUUAUAUAGCACACUCAUAACUGGAUACUUUGCAAACACAUUAUAAACCAACUCAUAUUUUUUCGGAUUAGUCGGUUUUGUUCUGAUGAUCCUACACAGCACCACUGAUUCCGGAUUGAGUCUCAGCAUUGAAAAUGGUGAAUAAACGUUUCUCAGCAUUCUCUCGAAAAUCUCUUCUGGUUAGAUCAGUCCUAAUUCUGUUGGCUGGAUGUGUCCUUCUUUAUUACAUCUACUUGAAAACUACGAUUGUGCAUCAGCAGAUAUUUAUUAUUGAUCAUCAAUACUCAAAUGGAAGCAUCAAUGGAAAUGAGGAAACCAUAGCCACUGGAACCUUUGGUGAUCAUAAUCUUUCGGCAAAGAAUGGGAAUGUUUCAAGCUCCAAUGAAAAGGGUCUUUGUCCCCUUGUUUCACCACAUUUGAGAGGAGAAUUCAAACCAACGCAUGUUAUACCAGAAUCUAUUUCCAAUGUGGAGGAUGAACUGAAAAUGGUUGAAGCACUGCCAGCCUUGGGAGGCUCUUGGCAGCCCAACAAUUGCACGGCAAGACAUCAUAUAGCUAUAAUAGUUCCUUGCCACGACCGAGAUGAGCAUCUCAGAGCUCUGCUGAGGCACUUGCAUCCAUUCCUGCAACGCCAGCAGAACAGUUAUGGCAUAUUUGUCGUUGAUCAAAAAGAGGAUGGACGACCAUUCAAUAAGGCUAUGAUAAUGAAUGCGGGCUUUGCUGAAGUGAAUAAAACGGGUCAAUUCAGUUGCUUUAUUUUUCAUGAUGUCGACCUUCUUCCAGAAGAUGAUCGAAAUUUGUAUAGUUGUGCAGACCAGCCGCGUCACAUUGGAAUUGCUGUUGACAAAUUGGGUUAUCAGUAAUACUUCACAGAUAUAAUUAUCUACUUUCCUAUAAAUUUAUGACAUAUUAAUAAUAGAUUUCAAACUAGAGUUUACACAAUUACAUAGCAUCUGGCUGCCAUUUCAAACAAUAUAAUAUGAUAGUCAGGAUUUGUCUCCUUAUGCGUUAGCUUUACUGAACUCACGCUAUACAUUUCUGCCAAUGUUAU